GCCGCAGACGCUCGCAGGCUGUCGGUCGACAUAGGUGCACAGGGAGAACCACUGAAAAUCACACCAACACGGCAACGGGGUGGCAAACCACCUCCUCUGUAACAUCUAGCACCCCUCAUCCGCGUAGUCUACUACCGCUAUCACCAUCAACUGCACUGGAUCAAUAUUAGCCGUCCUGUGCAAAGACUUAGGUGCAAGUCGUCCACAAUUGACUUUUCGAAAGGCGACAAUAGCGGUCAGUGUUAGCGCAGUGGGAGUUCGUUGUUGAUGUCAUCACUAACUUGAGAACCAAUACUAUCUGACAGCAGCAUCCAAACGCCGACUAGUUCCAGAAUAAUUGUGCUCUGAAAUUUGUCGAGUCUCUCAGUUCGUCCACUCCAAAAUAUUUCAGUUUUAGACUUCGUCAGUCUUGUUCCACUGCACAACGAUGCGAGGAAGUUCGCCAGGGUGUACUCCAGGAACAUGGAUGGCUCCCAGCUUGCGCGUCGUCUGCCUGCUGGCUCUGUACUUCCCGAUAUCGAUGGCAGUUUCGUUGGUUCCCGAAGCAAAUGGAAACUGCAAAGUGUCUAACGAAGAUUCUAUCCCCGUAAAAAUUCUUCUCAAAAAUGAAAAUGGGCAAUUAACGUGGAGUGGGGCGUCCCCUCACGAGGAAUGGUCUCAGGUACCAGGUGACCGUACUAAAUCAGCGACCUAUAGAUCCCUUCAGAUAUCUACGGCUGAAGAGGACAGGAACUGCGAUAUCUCAUUCGUACCUUUCAUCAGCAUACUCGGCGGCGAUAUUAAUAUUACCCUAGAGUUUGGUCCAUCUGCACACAUUCACCCAAUAUGGAAUUGCUCAGACUCGGGUUGUCCUUUCUUCGCUACAAUAAACAGGAACUUUAGACUCACCUCAAACCAAUUCUCAAUCCGUGUUGAAGGCACGGAAGCCGAAACAGAUGUAUCAGAGAUGAAAAUCAGGUGCUGCCCAGACACGGAGAAUGCAGCUACUACGGCCCCCUCUGCUCUGGCCUCACCUCCUGUCAAUGAUCCGAUCACAGUAAAAGUGCCACCAAUGACUGAACCAGCUCCGGAAGAAGCCCCAACAACCACCACACCAACCACUACACCAACUACAACACCAACCACCACACCGACAACCACACCGACAACCACACCGACAACCACACCGACAACCAUCCCGGCAACUACACCGACAACCACACCAACAACUACCCCGACAACUACACCAACCACCACACCGACUACCACACCAACCACCACACCAACUACCACACCGACAACCACACCGACAACUACACCGACAACCACACCAACCACUACACCAACAACCAUACCAACCACUACACCACCUACCACACCAACCACGACACCGACCACCACGCCGACAACCACACCAACCACUACACCAACCCCAACACCAACCGCAGCACCUAAAAACAACCCGGCACAACCCGCAACCCCUAUAAAUCCGAAUCCGACGCUUAGUCCCACACCGAAGAGAGCAGAUGGUUCCACUGCGCUUGCACACAGUCCGCCACCUUACUCUUCCACUCAACAGCCUACGGAAAACACGGCAACCAACGGCAGCGCGCAAACUGACAGCGACUCUGCGGGGCGAGGCAGGAAUACGAAGAAAAACCUUGGUGUGAUUAUCGGCGGAACUGGUGCUGGCAUAUGUCUUCUCCUGGCCUUGGCCGCAGUGGCAGCAAUCUUGACCAAGAGAAAGAAACGGCAAGGCGCUAUCACCCUAGACACCAAGACGAAACCGCUCACUGCCGCAAUGCCCAAGACAUCCGUGCAGGUCUCCAACCAGUACAACAUGGUGUGUAUAUCCCCGUCCGUCAACACCUUCAUCAAUGGUGCACAGGAACAAGAUACAUUUGGCCUAACUGAAUACACUAAUGAGAUCUAUCAAGGCAUCGACGACAUGAAAAGUCCUGAACAAGGUUUCAGUGAUGUCUUGCACACCCAAUCUUCCCUGACACCUGGCAGCGCUAGCAACGGCAGCAGUGUCUCCUUCUUGAGGCCUUCGUCACCAAAUCAGAUUGAGAAUCGAAGAAGGGUGAAAAGUGUGCAGUCCUGUCGCGGCAGCAGUCAACCAAGACCAACCACGUGUUCACUGCCUGUUGAAAGGCGGACGAGUCAGCCGGAAAUUUUCUACGAGGAUACGUCCAACGGACCCCAUAUUGACGAGCACUCUGCCUAUUCUAUCUACUCACCCUGGGGGGAUGAACAUGAUAUCACUGAUAGUGGGGGAAGUCUCGGCAGUCCCUUUGAAGCGAGUCCCUUUGAAGAUGGAGACCCUCUGUACGAUGGAGUUGCCAUACCAAGGCCUGGAGUAGACGAUACGUUUGGACAACCACCCACGAUGGACUCCCCUACAUCUGGCACAUUCAGGAAAUCUAGACAGCAGACGUUUCUCGUAGAAGUCUUACACGGUCGUCAUGCGAAUAGCUAAUAAGACAGUGGUCAAUCGGCAGACAUCAGAGAGCUGCAACGUCCCGGCUUUGGACUUUUUGUUGAGUCAUGUUGUUCUCCUUGUUCUGCUACUGCCUUGCCUCUAUCCCUCUCUCUCUCUUUCACUAUAU